AUGACUCUUAGGAGAGUUGGGUUGUGGUGCGUUUUUCUGGUGAAACUUGUCAUUGUUAUUGCCCGCUGUGGGGACGGGUAUUGCAAGUGUUCAGAGGUACGUAAAAGAGCAACAUGUUCAUCCAAACAAAGGAAACUGAACUACUUCCCUGCUCUCCCUCCUUAUAUCAAACAGCUAACUUACAGGGACAAUUACCUACCACAUCUCAACCGGAACAUGGUCGUCAAUUUGACCAAAAUCAAGUUGGAGCAGCUUUACCUAAAUGAUAAUGGGAUAUUUAAAUUAGAUGCUAAUACGUUCAAAGACUUAAACAGUCUUGUGAAACUUGACAUUUCUCGUGAGAGCUUGCUAAAAAGCGAAGUUGUUGCAAAAGCGCUACAUCAUGUGAGUCGCUCCUUCGAAAGAUUGGUUCUGCAGCAUAACAAAUGGGAUACCAUUCCCUCUAAUAUGUUUGAUGGACUUCAAGAUUCUCAUAUUUCAUAUAUAGAUUUAUCAUAUAAUAACUUACAUUCAUUCAACGGCACCGAGGUUCUCCGACUAAUUCCUCGUGUUAAAUACUUAAUCCUAAAUAAUAACCCUAUAUCUCAAAGUGAUUUUGACUUUCACAACAUGGCCUAUAUGUUUAAGCUAAGCUUGGAAAAUACAUACCUACAGAAGGUUCCUAAUUUCUGCGAUGACAAAGGUAGCAGUUUUUUACCUCGUUUACGAUCUCUUUACUUGGGUCACACUUCGUUGAGAUCAGUCACCAUGGAAGAUUUUAAAUGUUUGCCAUUCCUUUGGAAAUUAUCUCUUUUGUUUGCAGACAUAACAGUUAUCCCAAACAAUACUUUUGCUGCCUUGCCCGUGUUGGAAACUCUCAUACUAGAAAGUGUCAUUAGGCUUAGGAGACUUGAAUAUCUUGCCUUAAACUCGACCUCCUUGCAGAAAUUGCAAUUCGGUUAUGCAAAAUUUAAGUUUGACGACAAAGGAAGAUAUAACAAUGAAUUGUUUAAAUUUGCACCAAACAUCAGAGACCUAGACCUUACUAGCAAUUCGAUUUCAACAGGAUCCAUUUUAAAAACACUUUUGUGGCACCUAGUUAGACUUGAAAAAUUAAACCUCCAGGGUUGUGGGCUGAAUUAUCUUGCACGUGGAACGUUCGACAGGAUGGCCAGAAUUAGUGUAAUUAUUAUGAAAGGCAACAAUUUGUAUGGAUGGGAUCCGACCAUAUUCAACAAAUUGACAUAUCUACAAAAACUUUACAUUUCUGGAAACAACAUCGCCGUGGUCAAUCGCUCCUCUUUGGACUUCACAAGAAAAAUAAGACUACAGGAGAUCGACUUGUCCAACAACCCAUUUUCAUGUACCUGUCAACUUCUUUGGUUCCGGGACUGGUUAAAAUCUACCAAAAAUCUAACAGUAGCACUAUAUCCCCAUCGAUAUUUCUGUAGAUCACCCCCUGCCUGGAACAAGAAGUUAUUGAUCUCUUUCAAUUAUACCGCCGAAGAUUGCCGGGAGAAAAACCCCUGGGUAUGGAUCGGCAGUUUUCUUGGCUCGGUCCUUUUCUUAUGUAUUGUGGUUAUCAUCCUAAUAUAUUGGCAUCUUCCUACUAUCAGGAAUAUCAUAUACCUGAUUCGGUUACGUAGGAAAGGAUACGUAAGAAUGGUUAACUCGUCUGAUUAUCUAUUCGACUGCUACAUCGUAUGUUGUGAGUCUGAUGAGAGUUGGGUGCUCCAGACAUUGUUGCCUAAGCUGGAGGAAGAACUUUUUUAUAGUCUUUGUAUACCUUCGCGAGAUUUUGAUCUGGGAGGCAACAUCGCCGACCAGAUCAUUGAGAAAAUGCAGGAAAGCAAGAAAAUUAUCUUGGUGAUGUCCAACGAGUUUGCGCAGGACGAGUGGUGUCAGUUCGAGUUAGCAAGAGCACAGGAGCGGAUCCGCAAUCAAGGGACAGAGGCGGUAGUAAUUAUCAUGUUGCGUGAUAUUGACAAUAGACAUAUGACAUCUGCUAUCAAGGAACUGCUACGUAAAAAUUCUUAUGCAACAUGGGUUACUGGCACAAUUGUAAUACAACUAUUCUGGAACAUUGUUUUGGCAGCUAUAGAGAAGCCCUUUGGAAAUCCCCCAGUUGCCGUUUUAUGACAAAAGAGCAUUCCCCGAUGUCAUGUCUAU